AACGCUCUCGUAGACAGUUGUCGUCGUUUGACAGGCAAAACAAAAAAAUUCAAAUCAAAGCACAAUCAGUGAAGAAUUCAAAUGAAUCGAUACAGCUCACUUGUCACUUUGCGGUUGCUGUUGCUGGUGCUAGCUGUGGCGUGUGGCAGAGUUGGUUGUGCAGAAAAUGCCAGCAGCAAGGUGCAGCAGCAACAGCUACCCGAGGUGCAUGGCAACAAGUUUCAUUACUUUGGCUUUGGCAGCAAUAUGCUGGGGCAGCGCAUACACGUGCAGAAUCCAACGGCGGUGAGAGUGGGCGCUGCUCUUGUCGAGGAUUACCGCCUAGACUUUAAUGAUUUGGGUGGUGUUAGGUGGAAGGGCGCUGUGGCCACAAUUGUGCCCACGAAGGGCGCGCAUGUCUGGGGCACACUGUGGGAAAUCGGCGUGGAAAACUUGGCCGACAUUGACAACCAGGAGGGUGUACACCAAUCACUUUACAAGCCAAUCACAGUGAAUGUCAAACUAGCUGGCCAAGAGAAUUUGUUGCCAGCACGCGCCUAUUUGAUGGUCGACCAGCCGCAGAGCAAUUUGCAUGAACUAGCGCCAGACGCAGUGCCCGAGUCGCGUCAGCCCUCAAAGACCUAUCUCAAGGUCAUGGUUGUGGGCGCCAUAGAGAGUGGCAUACCCAAUGAUUAUGUUGAUUUUCUCAAGCGCAUUAGACACAACAACAGAACCGCAGAGGGCUGGGAGGAGCGUCUGACACAGAUCAAGAACUUCCAGCUGUAGCAAAGUUUCAAACCACAAGCAGCUGCCAGCCGAGCAGCUGAUUAAUUAAACUGCACAACAAAUGAAAAUAUUUCUGUAAACCAGCAAAUUAAAUUCAUAAAUUCGCAAUUAAAUUC